AUGGACGAGAUGAUUGUGAUGAAUUGGAAAUCGAGAACAAGGAUGACCACGAUAAAAUUCCCAGAGAGAAGAAGCCACAAACCAUAUCAGUGUGUGGAAUGUGGAAAGAGGUUCAGUAGGAAGGACAGUCUUACUUCCCAUCUAAGAAUUCAUACAGGUGAGAAACCCUAUCAGUGCUUCGAAUGUGGAAAGAGCUUCAGUAAGAGCGCCAAUCUCACUUCCCAUCAAAGAAUUCAUACAGGGGAGAAACCCUAUCAGUGUGUGGAAUGUGGAAAGAGCUUCAGUCAGAGCGCUCCUCUCACUUCCCAUCAAAGAAUUCAUACAGGGGAGAAACCAUAUCAGUGCUUCGAAUGUGGAAAGGGGUUCAGUAGGAAGGACACUCUCACUUCCCAUCUAAGAAUUCAUACAGGGGAGAAACCAUAUCAGUGCUUCGAAUGUGGAAAGAGCUUCACUAAUAGCUCCUCUCUCACUUCCCAUCAAAGAAUUCAUACAGGGGAGAAACCCUAUCAAUGUGUGGAAUGUGGAAGGAGCUUCAGUCAGAGCUCCUCUCUCACUUCCCAUCAAAGAAUUCAUACAGGGGAGAAACCCUAUCAGUGCGUGGAAUGUGGAAAGAGCUUCACUGAUAGCUCCUCUCUCACUUCCCAUCAAAGAAUUCAUACAGGGGAGAAACCAUAUCAGUGCUUCGAAUGUGGAAAGAGCUUCACUAAUAGCUCCUCUCUCACUUCCCAUCAAAGAAUUCAUACAGGGGAGAAACCAUAUCAGUGCGUGGAAUGUGGAAAGAGCUUCAGUAGGAAGGACAGUCUCACUUCCCAUCAAAGAUUUCAUACAGGGGAGAAACCAUAUCAGUGCAUGAUAUGUGGAAAGAGCUUCACUGAUGGCUCCUCUCUCACUUCCCAUCAAAGAAUUCAUACAGGAGAGAAACCAUAUCAGUGCUUCGAAUGUGGAAAGAGCUUCACUAAUAGCUCCUCUCUCACUUCCCAUCAAAGAAUUCAUACAGGGGAGAAACCCUAUCAAUGUGUGGAAUGUGGAAGGAGCUUCAGUCAGAGCUCGUCUCUCACUUCCCAUCAAAGAAUUCAUACAGGGGAGAAACCCUAUCAGUGCGUGGAAUGUGGAAAGAGCUUCACUGAUAGCUCCUCUCUCACUUCCCAUCAAAGAAUUCAUACAGGGGAGAAACCAUAUCAUUGCUUCGAAUGUGGAAAGAGCUUCACUAAUGGCUCCUCUCUCACUUCCCAUCAAAGAAUUCAUACAGGGGAGAAACCCUAUCAAUGUGUGGAAUGUGGAAAGAGCUUCACUGAUAGCUCCUCUCUCACUUCCCAUCGGAGAAUUCAUACAGCGGAGAAACCCUAUCAGUGCUUCGAAUGUGGAAAGAGCUUCUGUCAGAGCUCCAAACUCACUUCCCAUCAAAGAAUUCAUACAGGUGAGAAACCCUAUCAGUGCGUGGAAUGUGGAAAGAGCUUCAGUAAGAGCGCCAAUCUCACUUCCCAUCAAAGAAUUCAUACAGGGGAGAAACCCUAUCAGUGCGUGGAAUGUGGAAAGAGCUUCACUAAUAGCUCCUCUCUCACUUCCCAUCAAAGAAUUCAUACAGGGGAUAAACCCUAUCAAUGUGUGGAAUGUGGAAGGAGCUUCAGUCAGAGCUCCUCUCUCAUUUCCCAUCAAAGAAUUCAUACAGGGGAGAAACCCUAUCAGUGCGUGGAAUGUGGAAAGAGCUUCACUGAUAGCUCCUCUCUCACUUCCCAUCAAAGAAUUCAUACAGGGGAGAAACCAUAUCAUUGCUUCGAAUGUGGAAAGAGCUUCACUAAUGGCUCCUCUCUCACUUCCCAUCAAAGAAUUCAUACAGGGGAGAAACCCUAUCAAUGUGUGGAAUGUGGAAAGAGCUUCACUGAUAGCUCCUCUCUCACUUCCCAUCAAAGAAUUCAUACAGAGGAGAAACCCUAUCAGUGCGUCGAAUGUGGAAAGAGCUUCAGUCAGAGCUCCAAACUCACUUUUCAUAAAAGAAUCCAUACAAAAGUCGGAAAUACCAUUAUACAGCUUUAG